UUUUAUUUUGACAGUAUCACCCGGAAGGGUUUUCAUAACAACAUUGUAUGGCAUCCGGAGGAGGCGGCACCAUGGCUGACGACCCACAGAGAAAUUUUCGCUCUGCAUACUACGAGAAAGUGGGUUUCAGAGGAGUGGAGGAGAAGAAGUCCCUGGAAAUACUACUCAAAGACAAUCCUCUGGAUUUAGAAAAGCUAAGCACCUUCAGUCAGAGGUUCCCCCUUCCUUCCAUGUACAGGAUUCAUGUGUGGAAGGUACUGCUGGGCAUCCUACCUCCACACAGUGACUCUCAUGCUCUGGUUGGGGGCUACAGGAAGGAGCAGUAUCAGGAUAUCCUGGAAGCUCUGGAAGUGAUGAGAUACAUCAACUCCUCCACACCCUCCACCCAUGUUUACUUGCGGAUGUUCCAACUGGAGAGCCAGACCCUCCCGCGAUGCUCUGAGACUUCACCCCCGGAUGAAGAGAAUGAAGACUUCCUCUCCAUCAGCCGAGCCAUGGAAGAGAUUGUAGAUGAUCCUGUUGACUGCUACUGGCUCGUCAAGUGUUUUGUCAAUCAGUACCAUACAAAGUUUGGAGACUCAGUACCUCACCUU